AACGAGCCAUUUUUGUUCCCAUGUCCUUUUCAUAAACCAAUGGUGGACCCCUUCUCAAGUCCCCUUCUCUCCAUACAAUAUUAAUUUUGUUCUCAUAAUAUAUAUUUCUAAUAUAUAUUUUAGGGUACCAAAGUUGAGGACUUUAUAUAAAGCUGUGUUGGUGAGACUUUUUCUUUGCUUGGAAUUAGUGGAAUAGCAUAAACGUUUACUGUGUUUGUCCUGUGAUAUGGGUAGGCAACCUUGUUGUGAUAAGCUUGGAGUCAAGAAAGGGCCAUGGACAGCUGAGGAAGACAAGAAACUCAUUAAUUUCAUUCUUACAAACGGUCAAUGUUGUUGGAGAGCUGUCCCUAAGCUCGCCGGUCUCCGGCGAUGCGGUAAGAGUUGUCGUCUCCGCUGGACUAAUUAUCUUCGUCCUGAUUUGAAGAGAGGUCUUCUCACUGAAGCUGAAGAGCAAUUGGUUAUUGAUCUUCAUGCACGUCUUGGCAAUAGGUGGUCCAAGAUUGCUGCUAGGUUACCAGGAAGGACAGACAAUGAAAUCAAGAAUCACUGGAAUACCCAUAUCAAGAAAAAGCUUCUGAAAAUGGGAAUUGAUCCUGUCACACACGAACCCUUACAGAAAGAAGCCAAGACUGAAGAAAGUUCAUCGGUGUCUCAAACCGACCAUCUUUUACCAGAACCCGCCAACAACAGCAGCAAUGAUAGCAUACAAGAAAAUGAUGGCAUAGUCAACUCAUCAGAGGAAAAUUCAAGCUCAUCGCAAAAUGAUCAAAAUUUCUGUAGGGAUGAAUCAAUUUUAUUAGAUAGUAUUUGCAACGACACGACGUUAUUGAAUAGUUUAUUGAUGGACGAGCCUCCUCUCAUAGACGCAUCAUGGAACAAUACUAAUAAUAACAAUAACAACAAUAGUCCUCCUGCUCUUGAAAACCCUAAUCGUGAAAUGGGUUAUCCAUAUCCGUCGUGGGAAGAUAACUGCACCUGGUUAUUGGAUUGCCAAGAUUUUGGAGUACAUGAUUUCGGGUUUGAUUGCUCGGACAGCGCGGCGUUGCAUGCGUUAGAGAUGGAAGGCAAGAACUAAGAUACACAAGUAUGUACAUAUGGAUAUGGUAGUAACAAAAAUUUUAAGGUACAAAAAUGAUACAGAACUAAGUAUCAUGUACGGGUAGGUGAAGUUAGGUUACGGUAUAUAUGUGCUUUAUCAUUAGAUUAAUUAUUGUUGUGAGGGUCGAAGCAAAAACCUGUCUUGUUUACAGGUUUCUCAAUUUCUCACCAACCUGGUCAAAACAGUGAUCCCAAAUAACUUGAAAAAGGAAAUCAUAAAAUGUGACAUUAUUAAUAUAUUCUUGGUGCUUUACGAAAGUUGCUGUAAUCCUACAUGUAAGAGACAGGGACAUGUUGGGCCAUUGUCGAAAAAACAUAUACAUAUGUGGCUAGUGGGUCUUUUAGUAAAUUAUCAUUAAUUAUAACAUUUGUAAAUAUUGUUGUAUGAUAAUUAAUUAAUGUCGAAUAAAGUGGAUAAUAUUAUUUGUUUUU